UUUACUUCGAAUUUAAUGAAAGAAACAAAUUAGAUUCCUAAAAAGAAUGUUUUUGAAAAGCCGAAUUUCGUUAAGUAAAUUUCAAACGGCAAACAAAAGAACAUUUCGCUUAACUAAUUUGCUUAGAAUGGCCCAGGAAAAUGUACGCAUUGAAACUGAUAGCAUGGGAGAAGUUAAAGUUCCAAACAAUAAAUACUAUGGAGCACAAACAAUGAGAUCGAAAACAAAUUUUCCAGUGGGGGGUCCAGAAGAACUUAUGCCGAAACCCAUAAUAGUGGCCAUGGGUAUUUUGAAGAAGGCAGCUGCUGUUGUGAAUCAGGAAUUUGGUUUAGAUGCCAAAGUUAGUGAGGCUAUUGCUCAGGCUUGUGAUGAGAUCAUAGAGGGAUGUCUAAUCGAAGAACAUUUUCCUUUAGUUAUCUGGCAAACUGGUUCUGGUACACAAACCAAUAUGAACUGUAAUGAGGUAAUUAGUAAUCGUGCCAUUGAAAUUAUGGGCGGUAAAAUGGGCUCUAAAACGCCAGUUCAUCCCAAUGAUCAUGUCAAUAAAUCACAAAGUUCUAAUGAUACUUUUCCAGCUGCCAUACAUAUAUCAGUAGGCAUGGAGCUAAACAAUCAUCUAAUACCAGCUAUUACUGCAUUACAUGAAGGUUUAAAGGAAAAAGAGAAAGAGUUUGCUGAUAUUAUUAAAAUAGGUCGCACCCAUCUUAUGGAUGCUGUACCUCUAACAUUGGGUCAAGAAUUCAGUGGUUAUGCUCAACAAAUGCAAUAUGCUUUGGACCGCAUAAAUGCGGUGCUGCCACGUGUAUACGAAAUUGCUUUGGGUGGUACUGCUGUGGGUACUGGACUCAAUACACGUGUGGGUUUUGCCGAAAAAUGUGCCCAACAAAUUUCGCAAUACACUUGCUUGCCCUUUAAGAAGGCUCCCAAUUUCUUUGAGGCUUUAGCCAGUCGUGACUGUAUGGUGGAGGUUCAUGGUUGUUUAAAUACAAUUGCUGUCAGUUUGAUGAAAAUCGCUAACGAUAUACGUCUAUUGGGCUCGGGACCACGUUGCGGUUUGGGAGAGUUAUUGUUGCCCGAAAAUGAACCUGGCAGCUCAAUAAUGCCUGGUAAGGUGAAUCCCACUCAGUGUGAGUCACUGACCAUGAUAUGUGCUCAAGUAAUGGGAAAUCAUGUGGCUGUGACUGUUGGGGGUUCAAAUGGUCAUUUUGAGCUUAACGUAUUUAAGCCACUAGUAGCUUCGAAUGUUUUGCGUUCCAUAAAACUUUUGGCUGAUGGUGCCUCAAAUUUCAAUAAAAAUUGUUUAAAGGACCUUAAGGCCAAUAAGGAAAGAAUCAAUAAAAUUAUGAAUGAAUCCUUAAUGUUGGUUACCGCUCUCAAUACCCAUAUUGGCUACGACAAAGCCGCUCAAAUAGCCAAAACUGCUCAUAUAAAUGGAACCACUUUAAAGGAUGAAGCCAUAAAGUCGGGCUUUGUGACUGAGGAGCAAUUUAAGCAGUGGGUUGAUCCAAAAACUAUGCUGGGUCCAAAAUAAUCUAUAUAUUUUUUCAUUAAUUUAUGUUAUAUUAUGUUGUGAAGCCGUUCAAUUUUUAUACAAAAUUUGUUUUGUUCGUUAUUUACAUGUUAAUAGUUUAUUUAAUAUAUUAAAUUAUGGUGUUGG